UGGCCUUGAGGCACUCGGAAAAAGAAAAGACAUUUAAAGAAGAAAAGCCGCGCUCCUCGUCCUGUAUGACGCUCAUACGUGCCCUUGGUUACCUAGUAACUCUCCUCUCUGGCUCCAAUUGGGCGCUCGGGAGGGAAGCAGCGGGGUCGCGCGGCGCGUUCUCGUUGAGCCUGUCGAGUUGAGGCGAGAGAGCAUCCAGAGGCAGGCGGACGGAGAGGGGCAGCGAAGCCGCUGGAAACAACUCGCAGCCGGAGACAUGUUUUCAAAAGGACAGCGGGGAGGAUGGAAUGAGACCUGCUGCACUGGAGGCGAUAAUUCCUCACUUUAAACAAACAGGACAUUUUUUUGGAUUUGGAGUACAUACCCCACGUCCGGUUUUUUUUCCCCACGCGUGUUUUUUCCUUCUUAUUUUUUUUUUUAAAAGAAGAACACGGCAUGGGGACAUUUACAUCUGGAUUGUGCAGCACCGGAUAGAAGCUCUGACAAGCGAGGAGAGAGCGGCCAUCAAGGACCUCUCUGUGGAGGAGCUGCAGAACUGUUUCUCAUCAUCUCCAAGCCAUACCAGCUGAUGAUCGAGCUACCCGUGGUUGGACGUCACCUAUAAGCGAAGGCGCAGGAAAGUCUAUUUGCUGAGCGGGUGCUCUGGCUCGCAUGUUGCACUCGCUCGCAAGGACCAUGUGGUGUUUGCCGAGGAGAAGUGGUACCCCCUUGCAGAACUGGCACGGAGCCCAGAGUUGCCCCGAUUUUAUCGCGUCCUUGUGGGUAUUGACUUUUUGCUGGUGCCUUGCGGUGGUGAGAGGCCAGAGCUACCACCCCACUGUGAACACGCAGUAUGGCAAACUCCGAGGGGUGAGGGUGCCCCUGCCUAGUGAGAUCCUGGGACCGGUGGACCAGUAUUUGGGGGUCCCGUACGCUGCUUCCCCGGUGGGGGAAAAACGCUUCAUGCCUCCCGAGCCUCCGUCCUCCUGGUCAGGGAUCAAGAACGCCACCCACUUUGCUCCAGUGUGCCCCCAAAAUAUACACAACGCCGUGCCAGAGAUCAUGAUGCCAAUAUGGUUCACCUACAACCUGGAUAUAGUUACCACCUACAUACAGGAUCAACACGAGGAUUGUCUUUAUCUAAACAUCUACGUUCCAACAGAGGAUGUCAAAAGAAUAUCCAAGGAAUGUGCCAGGAAACCCAACAAGAAAAUGUGUAGAAAAGGAGGGGCCCAUGCAAAAAAACAGAGCGAGGAUUUGUCGGAUAACGACGGUGAUGAAGACGAAGACAUACGAGACACCGGGGCCAAGCCUGUGAUGGUCUACAUCCACGGGGGAUCCUACAUGGAGGGGACGGGCAACAUGAUCGACGGCAGCGUCCUUGCCAGCUACGGGAAUGUCAUCGUUAUCACCCUCAACUACCGUGUUGGAGUUCUUGGCUUCCUCAGUACCGGGGACCAGGCUGCUAAAGGGAACUACGGCCUACUGGAUCAGAUCCAGGCUUUGAGAUGGAUCAGCGAGAACAUCGGCUUCUUCGGAGGAGACUCUAAUCGCAUCACUGUGUUCGGUUCUGGCAUCGGAGCGUCCUGCGUCAGCCUGCUGACUCUUUCCCACCACUCUGAAGGUCUGUUCCAUCGAGCCAUCAUUCAGAGCGGAUCAGCGCUCUCCAGUUGGGCGGUGAAUUACCAACCGGUCAAGUAUACGCGUCUCCUGGCGGAGAAGGUGGGCUGUAACGUCCUGGACACGUUAGACAUGGUGGACUGUCUGAGGAAGAAGAGCUCCAGGGAGCUGGUGGAGCAGGACAUCCAACCCGCCAGGUACCACGUGGCUUUUGGACCUGUAAUCGAUGGCGAUGUAAUUCCAGAUGACCCUGAGAUCCUCAUGGAGCAGGGUGAGUUCCUGAAUUAUGAUAUCAUGCUGGGGGUCAAUCAGGGCGAGGGCCUGCGCUUUGUGGAAAACGUGGUGGAUUCUGAGGACGGCGUCUCCGGAAAUGACUUUGACUUCUCCGUGUCAGACUUUGUGGACAGCCUGUACGGAUACCCGGAGGGCAAGGACACUCUGAGGGAGACUAUUAAGUUCAUGUACACAGACUGGGCCGACAAAGAGAAUCCGGAAACCAGGCGCAAGACGCUGGUGGCCCUUUUCACCGAUCAUCAGUGGGUGGAGCCCUCUGUGGUGACGGCGGAUCUUCACGCUCGUUAUGGCUCACCCACUUACUUUUAUGCCUUCUACCACCACUGCCAGAGUCUCAUGAAGCCUGCCUGGUCAGACGCCGCUCACGGCGACGAGGUGCCCUAUGUUUUUGGAAUUCCAAUGAUUGGUCCAACUGACCUUUUCCCCUGCAACUUCUCGAAGAAUGACGUGAUGCUCAGUGCUGUGGUGAUGACCUACUGGACCAACUUUGCCAAGACUGGCGAUCCCAACAAACCGGUCCCCCAGGAUACAAAGUUCAUCCACACGAAGGCCAACCGUUUCGAGGAGGUGGCCUGGUCCAAGUACAACCCCCAGGACCAGCUGUACCUGCACAUUGGCCUCAAGCCGCGGGUGCGCGACCACUACCGAGCCACCAAAGUGGCCUUCUGGAAACACCUAGUGCCACACCUCUACAACCUUCACGACAUGUUCCACUACACCUCCACGACCACCAAAGUGCCCCCGCCGGAGACCACGCAGAACUCCCUGUCCACGAAGAGGCCCAACAGUAAGACCACCUGGCCCUUUAACACCAAGCGGCCCCCGAUGUCGCCGGCCUACAACAGCGAAGACAAAGACUCUUGGAGCGACGACAAGGAGUCGGGGCCUCUCGUGGUGGAGAACCCGCGGGAUUACUCCACCGAGCUCAGCGUCACCAUCGCGGUGGGAGCCUCGCUGCUCUUCCUCAACGUUCUGGCGUUCGCCGCCCUCUACUACCGCAAGGACAAGCGGCGGCAGGAGUCGAACCACGGGCAGCCCAGCCCGCAGCGCCAGACCACCUCAAACGACAUCGGGCACCACGCACCCGAGGAGGAGAUCAUGUCCCUGCAGAUGAACCAGACGCACCACGAGUGCGAGGCGGGGAACAGCAACGAGGGGGCGCUGCGACUGGCCUCGCUGCCCGACUACACGCUCACCCUGCGGCGCUCUCCAGACGACAUUCCACUAAUGACGCCCAACACCAUCACCAUGAUCCCAAACUCCCUGGUGGGCAUUCCCAACCUGCACCCUUACAACACCUUCACAACAGGCUUCAACUCCACCGGCCUGCCGCACUCCCACUCGACCACCCGCGUAUAGCUUUAAGGAGGUCAGGGGGGGAUGGGACGGGCGGCGCAGCGACGGAACAAAAACGGAGCGGAGGAUUGUGUUUUAUAAAUACCACAGAGACGGGAGGAAGGGGGAGAAGAGGGCAGAAGUCGGAUUAAAAAAGCGUGAGCAGAUUUAACGAGACGUUUACGACGAGGGGCGUCACGGAGGGAUUUCUACGGAUGUCAAGUUGUGCGGAGCUGCCAAAAUCAAACUGCUUCCCUUUCUCCUCAUCU